GUGACAGCACCACGCGACACCCAAUGGCGUCACCUCACCGCCUAGCACGCAGCCCCAGCUCGGCCUCCCGCGCGGCCCCGGCCUUCUCGACCGCCAACUUCGUGCGCUCUCUCCGCAAGGCAGCAUCCUUCGGUUACAGGAAGCCCAGCGCCGGCGUCGUCGACGCGGCGGGCACGAUGCGACGACGCAGCGCGGACACUGUGGUGAUGUCCCCGUGCCGGUCGUCACCCGAGCCGGGCUUCGCUGCGAGGGGUGCCUGGGAUCAGCAGACGAGGCGUAGGCGGAGCACCGGGCAGUCGUCGCCUUCCGAGGGCGCCGGCAGAGGGCCGAGCGUGCCGAGGAAGACGCCGGCGACGCCUAAGGAGGACGUGGCGCACCGGGCGCGCGUGCUCACCGCGCGGCUGAUGCAGUGGCGGCUCGCGAACGCCCGGAUGGAGAAGGCCAUGACUCGCGCCACCCACGCCGCCGAGAGCAAGCUGCUGUAUGUGUGGCGGCGGGUGGCCGAGCUGCGCAACAUUCACACGGCGAAGAGAAUCGUGGCGCAGCGGUGGCGGCAAAAGGUGAAGCUGGGCAGGCUCCUGCGCCCGCAGCUGCCCCUCCUCGCCGCAUGGGAGACGCUCGGCGGGCCGCACUCAGACGCUGUGGCGGACCUCGGCCGGGUGCUCUCCGCCGCCUCCACCUCCCUCCCAUUAUCCGACGGCGCCCGAGCCAACCUGGAGCUGUUGCACGAAACCAUGCUUGCUUGCGCGCGCACCGUGGAUGAGAUCAAAGCCAGGGCUGACAUGUUCUAUGCCACGGGUAGUGUCACCAGCAGCUAUGUCGACGAGCUCGCGAGGACAAUGCAGGAGGAGUUGGCAGGGCUCGAGGAGGUCAUGCGGCUGUGCAAGAUUGUCACUAACCUCCAGGUUCAGGAAGUAAGCCUCCGAGCUAAUCUAAUUCAGGCAAAGCAAAAGAUUGACUACUCCUAGUGCUUGAUAUGACCGGGAUCCCCACGUCGCCCUUUUAUCACCAAAGCGGAGUGCCAUCAUGACGGGAGAUAUCAUCACAAAUAGGAGUUAGGACCGGCCGGUCCCGUACUACAAGAUUCAAGUAUGUUUGUCGGAAAUAAAUUAUGUAGAUGAGGAUCAUGAGAGGUGCGGUCCCAUGUGCUAUAUUUCGGUAGAGUUAAGGUUAAUCUAGAACUCUUCUGUGACUUAUCUAUGUAUAUGAUACUGUAAUUUGAGAUGU